AUGUACAGACGAGUUUUUGUGAGGCUGUCACGUCUAUUUUCAACAUCUCCGUAUUUCAGAUCUUCAUACGCCAAUGCACCAAGAAAGACAAUUGCGGAUAUACAUGACUUAUAUAAGACCGGAGAGCCCAUUUCGAUGGUCACAUCGCAUGACUUUAUUACAUCACAAAUAUUAGAACAAGCAAAAGUUGACAUAAAUCUCAUUGGUGACUCUUUAGCCAAUACAACUUUAGGAUACGACGACACCAAUGAGUUAACACUUGACGAAUUUUUAUAUCAUGUCAAGUCAGUUCAGAGAGGUAACUCCCAUUCAUUGUUGGUUGCAGAUAUACCUUUUGGAAGUUUUGAAAGUUCCAUUGAACAGGCUACAUCAACAGCUGUAAAACUAAUACAAAAAGGUAAGAUUCAAGCUGUGAAAAUUGAAGGAGGCAACGAAGAGAUCAUCCCCACAAUCAAAAAGAUAAUUUCCAUUGGAAUACCAGUUAUGGGCCAUGUUGGAUUGACCCCUCAAAAACAUAAUUCGUUAGGAGGGUAUAAACUUCAAGGAAAAAGUGCUGAUGAUUCGUUGAGGAUCUUCCAAGAAUGCCUUAAUUUACAAAAUGCUGGAGUGUUUGCAAUUGUGUUGGAGUGCAUUCCUAAUAAAUUAUCUCAGUACAUAACAGAUAAGCUUUCGAUUCCAACAAUUGGGAUAGGUGCUGGGCCUUAUACCUCGGGCCAGGUUUUGGUUAUAUCUGAUUUGUUGGGAAUGAAAGAUGGGCACGUGGCAAAGUUUGUUCAACAGUAUAGCGAUUUUUUCCAACAAGGUGUUGAAGGUGUAAAACAAUAUACCAAAGACGUCAAGUCAAAGAAGUUUCCCAAUCCAGAUACCCAUGGUUAUAAAAUGAAAAAAGAGGUGCUUGAUGAGUUCAAAGAAAUAGCGAAAGAUUUGUAA